AUGCAGUGGGCAUAUUUCAUCUUUGCCUACUACUUCGCCCAGGUGCUGCUCGCCUGGUGCCUGUAUUUUGCCAUGCGCCGGAUCGCCAAAAGCUUUAACGAGUUCCGUUCCGUCAUGCCUGGCCUGGCCCUGCUGACCAUCUCAGCUCAUCUGCACGGCCGUGUCACCGAGCUCUACUGGUGGAUGAUCGUCAUUAAGCCGGUUUUUGGCCACAUGUUCAUGUAUGAAAAGUGCCUCAAGCGCUUCCUCGAGGCUGUCCAGGACGAUGGCAUGACUGCGCGCCGACAGAAUAUCCCGGGCGUCCAGAAGCAGCUGUAUAAUAUCGAUAAUACCAUGAGCUCGGGCGGUGAUACUGCGCGCUUGGAGUCCAGCGCGCGUCUUACGGGUCCCUACGACCUGGCUGAGUCCGCCACGCGCCUGGAGGCUGUGCAAAUUUCCAGCGCUCGGCGUGCCAGCGAUGUCUCAGACUUUGCCUACCCGGCGUAUCUGCCCCGGCCGUUCAACCAGGACCCGCCCGAUGUCCAGCCAGGCUCAUUCAACCAAGUGAAGUUUGCACCGGCCUCCCAGACACAUAUUCUGUAG